AACACACCUGAACCACGGAGAAACCUCUAACAGUGAGUUUCAGGGUUUUUGAACCGGACAUUUGUUCUUCGCUUUACGUGAUGGCAUGUUCAAACCCUCUUUCCAAAGUCUUCACCUUCCCUCUGGAUCUGUUUAGGAGGCUGUACACAAUGGCAUUUUCAAGCCCUCUGACCAAAGCCAACACCAGCUUCUGUCUGGCUCUGUUUAAGAAGCUGAGUGAAAAUGACAACACGGCAAAUAUCUUCUUCUCCCCUUUCAGCAUCUCUUCAGCUCUGGCCAUGGUGAUGCUGGGAGCUAGAGGCAACACGGCUGCACAGAUGUCAGAGUGUCUGGAAACCAAGGAGUGUCAGGAUGAAGUCCAUACCGGCUUCACCCAGCUGCUGAGGGAGCUGAACAAGGCAGGCGCUCUGUAUGCCCUCAGUGUGGCCAACAGGCUAUAUGGGGAGAAGAGCUGCCAGUUUGAGGAGGAGUUCUUAGAGAGCACAAAGAAGCACUAUGAAGCAGAGCUGGAGAUGGUAGACUUCAUCACUGGUUUUGAGGCUGCAAGACUCAACAUCAACAACUGGGUGGAGGGCAAGACACAAGGUAAAAUCAAAGACUUGCUGGCUCAGGGUGUGGUGGACAGCCUUACCAGGCUGGUGCUGGUCAAUGCCAUUUACUUUAAGGGAAAGUGGAGCGAACAGUUUGAGGAGUGGAUGACAUGGCCCACUCCGUUCAGGCUGACCAAGAAUGAAACUAAGACAGUGAAGAUGAUGAGGAUUAAAUCUAAGUUUCCUUUGGCCAACAUCCCUGAAGCCAACUUCCAGAUCCUGGAGAUGCCUUACAAAGGAAAGGAGCUCAGCAUGCUCAUCUUUCUGCCCAAUGAAAUAGAGGAUGAGACAACAGGUCUGGAGAAGCUGGAGACGCAGCUGACCUAUGAGAACUUUGAGAGGUGGACCAACAUGAUGCAAGAAGUGGAGGUGAUGGUUAAGCUACCUCGGUUCAAGAUGGAGGAGACGUACGACCUGAUGAGCGCCCUGAUGAGCAUGGGGAUGGUGGACGCCUUCGACACGGGGAUGUGUGACUUCUCUGGUAUGUCUCCUGCCGAGGAGCUGGUCCUGUCCAAGGUCGUCCACAAGGCGUUUGUGAAGGUGAACGAGACGGGGACAGAGGCAGCUGCAGCCACCUUUUUCUCUAGUUAUUUGAGUAUCAACCCUUCUAAGCCACUCUGCUUCAUUGCUGACCAUCCCUUCCUCUUCUUCAUAAGACAUAACCCAUCCAAGAGCAUCCUCUUUGCUGGGCGACACUGCUCCCCAUUGCCUUACCAUGAUAAUGAGUUUUAACUGUAGUGCUAGAUUUCUUAAUGUCUGCAUCAUUUGUGCCCUCCUGAACAUUAUUGCACUUUUAAAUUUUGCACCUAAUCUCCUCUAAAGAUUAACGUUGAGUCUGUAAUACAGUUUUAGCCCUUUAUGCUGCAACCUAAGUGCUGAGUGGUUUGCAAAUGUUGUGUUGUUCAGAAAAAUGAUAUUUUCUCAGGAUCAAUUCAGCAUAAUUGGAUAAAACAGAUCAGCUUUGUUUCAAUGUAUUGUUCAGUGUUUGUGCAUGCACACAUACAUACAGUCCCCUACAAAAGUAUUGGAACAGUGGGCCCAAUUCCUUUAAUUUUGCUGUAGACUGAAAACAUUUGGGUUUGACAUAAAAAAAACGAAUACGAUACAAGAGAUCAACAUCUCAGCUUUUAUUUCCAAGUGUUUACAUCAGGAUCUUAUACAUGACUUAGAAGAUAGCUUUAUUUGUAACAGAACACCAAAUUAUUAGGUGAGCAAAAGUAUUGGAACAGACUCAAAAUAGAUUAAA